AUGUCGCACCUCACUGCAAAAGCCCCUCCAUUCCGUCGACCGCUCGCGUCGAACGCGCACGAAGCACAUCUGCCUUCUCCGCCUGAGACAGAUACGGACUUCUUUCAGCAGCACUCCGUCGCAUACGGGCCUGUACCCGAAACGGAGCCUCUGCCUCAGGCGCGAAGGACGUCCAUUCUUUCCUAUCGCUCUACUCCGCUUCGUGACCCCGCACGCGAGCGCUCAACUGUCAGUCUCUCCAAAUGGCUCGUCGUUGUCGUCCCGCCUGGGAGCCUUAUUCCACACCUCGGCGGCCCCUCCGUCCGGGCUUCGCAAGGAACCUUGAUGCCCUUACUUCCCACGCUCUAUGCACAGCUUACCGCAAUCGCUCGCGAGUUCGGCUUCCCGUCUGCGGUUGGGUUAUGUCUCUACUUGCACAUCAACGAGCACGGCAUCGUCUUGACACCCCGCGUCUCGGACGACACAUGGCAGAUCCUGUGGGGACAUCUCUUCGACGCCCGGUCUCCCACCGCCCCCACAGUGGGACAGAUUCCAGUCGCCGGCCGCGUAGAGCUUGACAUCGACCAUAACAAGGCCCGAUGGUUCAACGCUUGGGUUGCUCAGCGCCAGCGUGCGGAGCUAUCGAAUUCUGCUGCGCCAUCUGUCGCGCCUUCCCAUUGGAGGGGAGAGAGCAAGACAACCAUCCUUGAUGAGCGUCAGGACGAUCAAUCGGACCUGUUACCGCCACCGCGCCCGCGUCAUGUCCCUCGCCAGCUUUCCUUACUCGACAAGUACGAAAGUACAUCGGUCGCGUCUUCUAGCCACGUCCGCGAGCGGCCCGUCUUCAACGAGCCUGAGAAUGCCUUGCCCACGAUAUACUCGGCCGCGCUCACCGCAUCCCGUGUUCCGGAGCCGGAAUUAUUGUCACCGAAACGAGCUUCCCCAGUGCAGGAGGAGCAGGAGGUCAUGAUCCCAGCGUCUCGUACGGUCCCACCUCGCGAUCUCUCUAUCCGAGUUAAGUCAUGGCGGGCAAGCGCGACGAUUGCUCCCUCUCCGCUUGCGGCCACCGGCCAGAUCAGCUUGGACCCUGCCCAUAUGCCGAACAACAUCCCGCUGCCGAGCCCUACCGCGCCUCGGAGCGGAGUCGAGGCAGAUGAGCUCCGCCUGGAAGACUAUCAAUGGUCUGUCUCAUCGGAGGGCCCUGGCGAUGACUGCGAACCUCUUUAUACGCCCGAGUUUUGGAUUCAUGCACCCUCCGUGCAUCUUGCGGCCCGCGCGCAAGGCUCCGUGCUCUUGAGUCCCUCAAGUAUGGCAACCUCGUGGGGCCCUGACACCGAAUACGAGGGCUUUGAUCACUUUGCCCCUGCCUCGUCGCGCGCACCUUCCGUCAACCUGGAAGAGAGGCUUGAGGGGUCCGUCCUGCUCAGCCCUAGUGUCGGCACGAGCUGGGGUCCGGAAGACGAUGAAAGUCAUCCAUAUGACUUCGAAUACGACGCGGCCCAGUUUCACGUUGAUGACUACACGCCUGAUAUAGCCCACCGUGGGUUUGAAGAAUCGCCCCCUACGCCUCUUACGGCGACAAGCUGGGGUCCACAAUCGUGGCCCGCAAGUCCCGCGUACAUUGCACGCCCUACGACGCCGGAUAUUGGUCAGCGGGGAGUAGAUAACUCGCCGGCCACGCCGACGACUGCCACCAGCUGGGGUCCCUCCUCGUGGCCUGCAAGUCCCAUGGGCGUCUCGUAUCCCACAACUCCGGAUGCUGCACAACGCGGUUUCUUAAGUGCCGCAACGAGCCCUACUCUGGCAAAGUUCUCGAGGAUAUCUGUCCCGCCGUCGCCUCGGGGUGUCGCGCGUCUCGUGUUCCCGUAUUUCUCUGCGGAGCGCGCUGUCUCCCGCACCGUUUGGCCGUUCCACAAGACGAAGCCGGCAGCCAUCGAUAUCUCACUUGACAAGAAGUACCCCAAGAUUGAUCCUUAUCCCGCUGCGUACCCCAACUUGGAGAUAUACCCCGGUCAUCUACACGCCUUCGUCCCUGCUGUUGAUAUCCGCACUCGUCUCCCGCCUGUUUAUCCCCGCCUGUCUAUUUACGAGGCCGCGUACCCGCUUUUCGAGAUCUACCCGGGGAACCUGAUGCCGUUCCACCAGCCCACCGAGCUGAGCGUCCAGCUCCCUUCGGCGUACCCCCAUAUGACCAUCUACGACGUCGCAUACCCGCAUUUCGAGAUCUAUCCCGGCAAUCUUGUCGCAUUUAGGCCCUUCGUGUCGACAUCCGUGAGACUCGCAUCAACAUACCCUGUCUUGCGCAUCUACGAAGUGGUGUACCCCACCUUCGAGAUCUAUCCGGGUCAUCUUGUCGCGCUCGCCGAUCUCACGCUUGCAACUGUUCCGGCUGUGAACAUGGCUUACUACCCGCACUUCGAGAUCUACUCGGGUCACGUCCAUGUGUACCAAGCUCCAGCGGUCAACAAGGCGGCGUACCCUGAUUUUGAGAUCUACGCCGGAGCUGGUGUACCUUUCGAACGUGCGGCGCCCCGGAUCGCGUCUGCUCGUUCCGUCAAGCGCAUGGCGUCGGCGGCUGCUUCGGCGGCUGCCAUGGUAAAUGCGUUUGCAACCGUGGCACAGCGGUUCACCUCGCCGAGAAUUUACAAGAGGACAAUCUCAGCGGCAGAAUCGAAAGCUAAGAGCGUCGUAAUUACGCUCCGUGAGGAGUACCCCGCGUUGGAUAUUUACCCCGCCACUUAUCCCCAUCUGGAGAUUUACCCAGGUCAUGUGAACGCCUUCGUCCGAGCACACUCCCGGCUUGUCACCCGCCUCUCCCCUGCAUACCCCACCUUCGGCAUUUACCCUGUCGCAUACCCGCACUUUGAGAUCUAUCCGGGUUAUGUCCUGCCGUUUGCGCCGGUCAUUGAGCUCACCGUCAAACUCGCACCUGCUUACCCGGCUAUCGUACUCUACGAGGCCGUCUAUCCUCACUUCGAGAUAUAUCCUGGGAACCUCGUCACCCUCGAGUCGCCCAUCGAGCUCAGCGUCACGCUUGCUCCGGCAUACCCUGUGAUGCGCAUCUACGAGGUCGUAUACCCUCACUUCGAGAUUUACCCGGGUCAUAUAGUCUCAGCAUCUGCACGCCCCGAGCAUGGUCGAUCGGUGUCGGGCGCAUUUGCUGCAGACACCAUGACGGACCUCUUCGCGCGUACGACGCAAAAGUCAUCGAGUCUUAAGAGGGCGCCUUCGGCAGCGGCAUCGGCAGCGGCAAUGGCAGAGGCGUUCGCGUGGACUGCGCAGAAGGUCGCUACCAUCUCAGCUGAACCUUCGCAUAAGAGGGAAAUAUCAGCCGCAUCCUCGGCGGCAGCGAUGGCCAGUGUUUACGAGGCUUCGGCGCAAAGGGCCGCUACUUCGAAACGAAUUGGUCUGUCAGCUGCAUUAGAACAGGCCACGGACAAGGUUGUGGAUGCCCCAGUGGUUGUCGAUUUACAAUCGGUAUAUCCGAUUUUCCGCAUCUACCCUGCAGCUUACCCGCAUUUCGAGAUCUACCCUGGUGAGAUCAUGACUUUCAGGCCCGCCUUCCAACUUCGCGUCAAGCUCAUGCCGGUGUAUCCAACUCUGCGCAUCUACGAUACGGUUUACCCGAGCUUCGAGAUCUAUCCCGGCUACAUCGUGAAGUACAGGCGCGGAAAGACUCUACAUAGGUCUCAGCCUAGUGACGCUUGCCCUCUGCCGCGUAAGCCGAAGCGCACGCAUGCACAGCUGUACGCAGAUGUCUACCCGUCUCCGCCUCGACGCACCCACGCCCAGCUGUACGAUGAGGUCUUCUCGGAGCCGGUCCGCCCGGCUAUUGCAUCAAGCUGGGCAUCGCACGCCCGCCCCCGUUUACCUACGCCGCCUACAACAGCCGACGAGCAACCACUCACCCCGACGACUCCCUCAACACCCUUGGUCAAGCGCCGCAGUCUCAGUGAACAUCGACUUUCCCUAGGCUUGCACUCGCCCGCGCCCGCCCCGGUGAAUACCGUUGCGCACAAACACCACCGGCGUACAGAUAGCAGCGACAGCACGAGUAGCGUCGACAGCGUGACGGGCCUUCCCCGCAGACGCGACCCGCCACCAAACGCGAUGCGUGCACCAACCGCGUCUCGUCGCCGCUCGAUCACACCGACGCCGAUGCCUGCUCCUGCCCUUCCACCGCCGGUGCCGACGAUUCAAGAACCACCUGCGCAUGCUCGUCGCUUACCCGAUGUUGUCUCGAAGAACGGCUUACCGCCAAACCCCGUCAGUCUGCGCCGCUCAGUGAGCUCGUCUUCUGCUGCAAUUCCACCGCCACAACGUGCCUUCGGCAAGCCGCUGAGCCCUGUCCCCGAGCGCCCCGUGACAGCUUUGGGGCGCUCUGCCUCGCUCGUAUCUGCUCAUGGCCGGCGACCAUCCACGGAGUCUGUACCGGCCACGUCAAAGCUCACCUCGCCUGUAACCCCACCCGAGUCUCGCCCGUUGCGUCGUCAGCCGGGUGCCCGCGAUAGCUUGGUGCUUGAGCGCGCGCGGCUCUUCGAUAGCGAGCCAGCCACAUCGGGCGAGCCGACGCGGAUCACUAUGCGCCACCUGAGCGAGUUCCCGGCGCCACCGGCACCGCCAGUACCACCAAUCCCAUCCACGCGGCCAGUGUCAAAGUUGGACCGGUCUAGAUAUCCUUUUGCUUGA